AUGGAUAAUCACCUCAAUCCCACAGCUGAUCCCUUACCCCCCAGACCUAUGGAUCCACAGCAGCAAACCAGCCUUAAAAUAGCCGCAAUAAAUGUGAACUCCCUGGUAUCCCAUCAGAGGAGGAACUACCUCUCUCACUUCGCAAAAAGUCAUCACCUUGAUGCAGUCCUCAUCUCCGAGACCAAGCUGAACUCCAGGCAUAAAUCAGUCUUCUCUGAAUACACUCUCUACCGCACCGACAGACCUAACGCAAUACAAGGUGGAGGUACUGCAAUCUUUGUCAGAAACACCAUCUCACACACUGUAAUCACACACCCUAGCCCAGCUGUCAAUACCAUCAUCGAGUACACCAUCAUCAAACUCAAAAUGGCUGAAGAUAAACACUUAUACAUCAUCAGCUUAUAUGCCUCCCAGCGUUCCCGGAUCAGACAGAAUUUUACCAAUGAUCUCAACCAGAUAUUCUCUGAGCUCAGGCUGGACCGCUCCAAAAACUUUUUCAUCGUGGCAGGUGAUAUCAACGCGAGCACACCCACAUACACCCCAGCUCAAACCUACCUGGAUCACUGCAUCAUCGACUCCUGGCUCAACAUCACCAACUUGCUGAAUAAUAGACUAGACACCACCAUCUACGAGAGCGACCACAAGGCACUUCUAAUCAAUAUCCAGCUCGACCAAUCAUCCGCUCUACACCCGGAAACACCUCCCCAACCCAGGCACAUAUUCGAGGCAACCAACUGGACCGAGUUCACUUCUCACCUAGGCCAUAACUAUAACUCCAAGGUACCUAGCAAUCGAAACCUCGAUCAAAACGAGAUUGACAACUUCCUGCUCCCCAUCAAUAACAGCAUCACACACGCAAUAGAUAACAAAGUCCCCAAAGCCACUACCACCAGCAACACUCAAAAACAUAUUACCCAGCGAAUUAAGCAGCUAGAUAAGAAAAAAUCCUCCCUUCUCACUUUCCUACACCGAUUGCGAGCCAAGGAUCCCCGGGGCAGAAACGCAGACACUAAAACGGCCAAACUUCUCCUAGCACAUACCCGAGAGGACCUCAACAUCGAAUUCUCCGCAGCCAUUGAAAAACAUUGGAGUAAUACCUUCAAAAAAAUCAAUCACAGGGACUCAUCGAAAUUCAUGCCAUCAAUUAAUAGAAUAUUCCGCCCAAAAACUAAUUCUGGACCAGCGGAUAUCCAUAUCCCCGGUGCUAACAUCUCCAUCUUACACAACUCCGGUAACCCUCUUGAUAGCUCCCCCCUCUGCAACGAUAAAUAUGUCUUCACCGAUCCUACUAGCAAGCUAAACGCAAUAGGCGCCUUCUAUGAAUCCAUUAACUCGCCACGACACCUCAACGACGGCACUCGCCUCAAGGAAAUUAUUGACGCACAAAUCUCACUCUUUAAACGAUCCAGGGAAGAGCACAAAGCCAACAACAGCUGCAUUACAACAUUCAACAGUACUAACCGAGCAAACAACCCCAAGACUGACAGCCUCGAAAGCUACUUCACCACACCAGCAGAAAUAGAGGCAAUAAUAAAAAAACUCCCAAACAAGACAUCCAGUGGUAUCGACAAAAUUCCAACUGUCAUAAUCCGGCAUCUUCCGCUCAACAUCAUCAAAGAUUUCACAACCCUCAUCAACAACGCACUUAACAUUAACUACUUCCCCAAGAUCCGGAAAGUAGCACAGGUGAUGCCAAUUUUGAAGAAGGAGAAACCCAGCGAAGAUCCCUCCAGCUAUCGCCCCAUCAGCCUCACAUCCAAUCACAGCAAGGUUUAUGAAAUUGUUAUCAACAACCUAAUCACGAGGCACUGCAACCAGAACAAGAUAAUCCCCGACGACCAGUUUGGAUUCCGACGCCACCAUUCCACCACCCACGCCGUUCAUAAAUUCCUCGCCGACGUUAAUAAAGCCCUCUACCUCAAAUGCAUGGUUGACGCCACACUCAUCGACAUCAAAAAAGCCUCCGACUCCGUCUGGCUUGAUGGGCUUAUAUACAUCACACAACCUCAUCAAGAAAAAAUUUCCCACCAACCUGAUUAG